UCCACUGAGAAGUUAUCCGACACACGUGGUCUCUCAUUCCGACGGUAAACACGUAAAGACAUCCGCCCGCUGCACUUACGUCGGUGAAAAUGAUUAUCACUCGAGUGAUAAUCAAGUGUUUGGUGCGAGUUCUGUGACUUUGAAACUUUAGUGUGUGUGAAAGAAGUGUGAUAAGAGUUCCCGAUGAGUUCCUACCAGUUUGUCAACUCGCUGGCUUCGUGCUAUCAGCAAGGACAGACGCCGCGGUCGCCAGUGGAUCCUCAGGUGCAUUCGCCAGGAUCUGAGUAUUAUCAACAUCAGCAAGCUGGUGUGUAUUCGACAGCGGGAUGUUAUUCACCGCAACAGUACACGGGCCAAUCGGCCGCAUACAUGCAGCAGAGUCCUCCACCCAUGAUGGACUACACCCAGCUGCAUUCAGCCACCUCCCAACACCAGCAGAGGCUGGGGCAUCUCCAACAGUUACACCCGGGCACCUCAGUGUCUCCAAUCCUCAACAACAACAACAGCUGUAAAUACGCUGACUCAACCACCACAGCUGCAGCUGCAGCCGCCCCCGGCACCAACCUCAGCAGCCCCCAAGACCUGAGCACCACAGGUCUGCCGGCACGCAGUCCGCCCCCAGCCAAAUCCUCCAGUUCCGCUUCGGCGAGAACCUCUCCCGCUGCGGCCACCUCUGCUGCCCCCGCGUCUCAAAGUUCCUCCUCACCAGCAUCGUCGACCACCUCCUCCAAUUCCAACUCUAACUCGGGCACCACCGCCGCCUCCGGAGGCAAGUCGGGGAGCAGUAGCGGAAAUCCGCCCCAGAUCUAUCCCUGGAUGAAGAGGGUGCACCUUGGCCAAAGUACGGUGAAUGCCAACGGUGAGACGAAACGCCAAAGAACGUCAUACACGAGGUACCAGACCCUGGAGCUGGAGAAGGAGUUCCACUUCAACCGCUACCUCACCAGGAGACGGAGAAUCGAGAUAGCGCACGCUCUCUGUCUCACCGAGCGUCAGAUCAAGAUCUGGUUCCAGAACAGGCGGAUGAAGUGGAAGAAGGAGCACAAAAUGGCCAGCAUGAAUGUCAUUCCUUAUCAUUACCACAUGUCCCAGCCCUACGGCAAUCCCUACCAGUUCACGCAUCUCACCACCUAAUUUCCACCCGCGCCCUACCCUUAAGCAGCAAGUCGUCGCAACAUGUCCAUAAAGCACCGCAACAUGCUGCACAGCAUGUUCCACUCAUGUAAAACGUCAACCAACAUAACACAAAUUUGAAAUCUAUGAAACUACCCAUCUUUACUGAGGAUAUCUUGUAAUUGUAAACUCUUGCAUUCAGUGAAAAAUCGAGUAAAACUUGAGUAAAGUGUCAACUAGCGUAACACAAAUUUGAAAUCAAUAAACUAUCCCAUCUUUACUGGAUAAAUCUUGUAAACUCUCACAUUCAGUAAGAAUUUGAGUGAAACGUCAACUAAUAUAACACAAAUUUGAAAUCAAUAAACUACCCCAUCUUUACUGGAUAAAUCUUGCAAACUCUCACAUUCAGUAAGAAUUUGAGUGAAACGUCAACUAAUAUAACACAAAUUUGAAAUCUAUAAAACUACCAUCUUUACUGUAGAUAUAUUGCAAGCUCUCACAUGAAGUGAAAAUUCGAGUAAAACUUGAGUAAAGCGUCAACCAACAUAACACAAAUUUGAAAUCGAGGUAACCCAUCUCUACUGAAGAUACAUUGUAAACUCUCUCACAUUGAAUAAAAAUUCGAAAUCUAUAAACCUACCCGUCUUCAUUGAAGAUAUAUCUUGGGAACUUCCACAUUCAGUUAAAGAUUUUGGAGUCUCAAGAGAUGGGGACGCGACAGUCGAGGACUGCGACAUUCCAGGACUCUUUACCAGGAGUCGACAUUCGACAGUCGAGGACUGCGACAUUCCAAGACUCUUUACCAGGAGUCCUGUACUGUCGCAGUCCUCAACUGUCGGAGACCUCUACUGUUGCUUCUGUGCUUUUGGAAGAGUCCUCAACUGUCGGCUCGUUUGACAUCGACCCCAAGAACUACCCAUUUUCAUUCAAGUUAUCUUGUAAGCUUCCUGAUUUAAUCAUAGUAUUCAUAAAUAAUAUUAUGAAUGGAAUCGUAAAAAAAUCUAUUCAUGUAAAAACAUUGAUGAAAUUGUUCUCAUGUCGAG